AUGUCUGAUGUAGCAAAAGCAAGUGUGGAGAUGAUGCCUUCUCUAAAAAUGGCUGGAGCAUUGACUGUUCGAGCUCUUGACACGCUACCUCUACCUCUUCUUGUUGUCGUAUUCCUCACCUGUUUGGCAUUGUUACAAUGGCCAGUUUCCCCUUCUCAAUCUUUAUUACCCACAUUCACACCUCCCUCAAUCGAGAAAGAUCGACUAUCACCGUUACCUCUGCUAGAAAAAUCGCCUUAUGCUUUAUUCUCCUGUUCGCAAUCUCCAUUCACACCACUCACUGCCCAGUCCCAAACAUACUCCCCGUCAUCGCCAUCAGCAGUACCUUCAUCAGUGAAGCAGCCCACUGCACCCAUCGGUAGAGGAGUGAGGAGAGGUAGUAAACAACUACGAGAAUGGAGAUUGGGGUUAGGAGUCGUGGAAGAAGAUGAAAGUGAAAAUGGGACUAUACAAGUAGUAUGA